AUGGCGUCGUCGACGUCAUCACGCGCGCGCAGUUCACGCGCGCGCGUGCUUAUUGACCCAAGCUUGCGUGUAAGUCUUGUGCACUUGCCCACAUCAUUAUGCUCGACUCUCCUUGCUCGGGACAUUGUCGCGCAAACCGUUGUUGUCGAGAUCGGGACAGACAUGGAGUCAUACUAUUGUGGAUGGACAGGCUUGGCUCCAAGUGCGUCGGUACUGAGUGAUCCCAAUGCAGGCGAGUGCAUUGUCAUGAGUCCAUCGCUCGCUGACAUGUUCGCACCGGCGCUCUCGAAUGGCCAGGAAGUGAGCCUGCGUCUCUUCCGCUCGCCCCCGAUACCCGUUGCGCGCAAGGUGUUUGUGACGCCGCAAUCUGCGGACGAUUGGGAAAUCCUCAGUGUGCAUGCUGAUGAAGUCGAGUCCAGCAUGCUCAGUCAGGUUCGUGCUGCAAAGCAAGGGCAGGUGCUGGGAGUGUCGGUGGGGCGCAGUUCUGCGACUGUGAUCAAGUUUCUUGUUGAUCGGACCGUUCCUCCUACGCGAUCGGUGAAGGAAGAUAUCGAUACCAACGAUCAACACGACCAAAUAAGCGUAGCUGUGCGACUCUCUACUGAUACGGAGGUGGCCAUCGCGCCUCGUCCUCGGCGUGCCGAUGAGGACGAGAAGGACACACCCGAACAGCGUGAGCAACUCGCGCCGCCACCGGCACCAUCAUUGCCGCCGCAUGUCCUCGAGUCAAGUUCAUCUGUAUCGAGCGACGGUGCAGCGCUCCUGCUGACUGACUAUGCAUGGCGCGUACUCCCCGACUCGUACGUCCCUGACAAGGAAGACAAGCUGGCCUCUUCCGUCGUGAUUCCCAUGUCUAUGACGGCACCGAAUUGGCGGCGCCCCUCGUACGAGCUAGUGGCUCUUGCGUUCCCGCAGGGCAAGCUAACAAUCACCAAAAUCUCGUGUCCUACCAAUCCGUUGUAUGAGCCGCACUUUGUGCCUCCACUCAUCACAACGACGGCAUCGUAUCGGCCGGGAGCCAUGCCAAACGUCGACGCCGUGCCAAACAGUGUGGCGUGGCCGGAGCGACAUGUGUGGAUCGGCAAGCAAGUUCGCUCCAAUAUAAAGGCAGUUGACUUUGACCUUGUGCGGUUUACGAAGCCAUCGCCUGGUGCCCUGCGCGAACCCAACAUCGACACGCAGGCAUCGCAAGUCUGUCUGACACCGCCUAUGCCAGCGAAGCUUGUCGGCUUUGAUGCACCUUUGCAAGAGUGUAUAGGUGUUAUUCGAGGCGUUCAUCGUCUACGUGAGCUGUUGGCCUCCAAGCAGGGUCGGACGGAUCUUUUGAAUGCGUCUGCAUCGCUGCCGGUCGUGCCUCGGCGCCAAUUCCCCGGCACAAGCGGCCUGCUGCUCAGCGGCGCUGCUGGCUCCGGCAAGUCGACGCUCAUGCGUGCUGUUGGCGAGCACCUAGCUCUUGACCCGACGCUUGCGUACGGGAUCAAGACCAUCGACUGCACGCAGCAUAUUGAGAAUCGGCUAACGAUCGUGCGCAGCCGUUUCAAGGAGAGUAUGGACGAGGCCUCGUGGCACGCACCCAUGGUGCUCGUGUUUGACGGCCUGGACACGCUCAUCUCCGCUCAGGACUCAUCGCCGCAGCAGCAACCAGCUGACAAUUUUCGCAUCACGCAGCUCGCACGCUCUUUCGUCGAGUUGGCUGAGGAGGUUGUACGUGAGCACCAUGUGUUUCUGGUUGCGACAGUGCAGAGCGUGGCGAAUUUGCAUGAAUUUGUGCGCAAUGCACGCAUCUGGACCCAGACGGUGUCGCUGCAAUCUCCGGAGAAAGAUGUGCGGGCAGAACUUCUGCGUGCGAUGGUACACAACGUCAUGUCUCGCGCAGCGCGCGACGACUUGUGUGACGACCUAGACUUUGUCGCGCUGACGUCGCACACGGACGGCUACCAUGUAGCCGAUCUGCACAUGCUCACAGAGCGUGCGCUACAAGAAGCGACCAUUCGGUGCUUGCUCGAGUCGCGCCGCAUCUCCCUCACGAUGCGCGACUUUGAACGCGCUCGCGAGGGGUACACACCCAUUGCUCUGCGUGGCAUCAAGCUCGAGCGGUCGUCGACGGAAUGGGCGGACAUUGGCGGACUGGCUGAGACACGGCACGUGCUUCGUGAGACGCUCGAGUGGCCUACGAAGUAUGCGGCCAUCUUUGCCAAUUGCCCGCUUCGUCUGCGCUCAGGCUUGCUUUUGUAUGGCUUUCCUGGCUGCGGCAAGACGCUACUGGCUAGUGCCGUCGCCAAGGAGUGUGGCCUCAACUUUAUUAGUGUCAAGGGCCCCGAGGUGCUGCAAAAGUACGUCGGUGCUAGUGAAAAGUCGGUGCGAGACCUGUUUGAGCGCGCGCAGUCUGCCAAGCCGUGUGUGCUGUUCUUUGACGAGUUCGAGUCGGUGGCUCCCAAGCGUGGACAAGACAGCAAUGGCGUGACAGAUCGUGUGGUCAAUCAGCUUCUCACCCAGAUGGAUGGUGCCGAGGGACUCGAUGGCGUGUAUGUUCUGGCAGCGACAUCGCGACCGGAUCUGAUUGAUGCAGCGCUUCUCCGCCCUGGACGUCUCGACAAAGCUCUGUUGUGUGACAUGCCCAAGUGGGAGGACCGCCUCGACAUCCUGCGUGUGGUCGCGCGCAAAGUCCCGAUUGAUUCGGACGUUGACUUGGACGUGUGGGCGCGUCGCACCGAAGGGUUCUCUGGCGCUGAUCUGCAGGCACUCCUAUACAACGCGCAGCUCGAUGCGAUCCAUGCUACGCUUCAUGCAACUUCGUCUGCAGGUAAUGACGCGUCGUCUGAUCAUAACCAAAAGCAUGCAUCACAGCUCGCUUACUUGUCCAUUGCACCGACCAAGGAAGCCGACGAUGACUCACAUGUCGCCCUAAGUAACGCUGACAAGGCUGCGCUGAGCUCUCGCCUUGAGUGUAUCCUGCGCUCUUCACAAGAUCCCGAUUCACGCACAGCCACACCUGCAUCUACAUCUACAUCGUCCUCAUCAGCAUCAGCGUCAUCGUCUCAUUCGAACGCCGCUACCACCACCACUUCCUCCUCCGCCAACGACCGUCCGCGGCAGAAAUAUCUCGUUACUAACAAGUUCAUGGAGUCGUCGUUCCAGCAAACGCGUCCUAGCGUGCCUGCUGCAGAGGUGGCUCGGCUUCGUCGCAUCUAUGCUCAGUUCACUGGCGAGCGAGAUGGCAAAGGCCUCGAUGCUGCCAAUAUGGAUGCCAUUGGCUCUCAUACAAGUCUUAUGUAG